UCACUUUCCGCAGCGGCGAUUUAAAUGUCCCGCUACGUGCUUCAAAUUUCCUGCCGCGAAGCGUAGCUGCGCGCGCACAGUUCAGUCCAAUAUGGCGUCCGUCGCGGGAAUUCUGUGCGGACAGCAGUGACGUUUAUUCGCGAUAUUAUUUGAGUUACAAAUUACAUACAAAAUUCGUGAUUGGCACGGGCAAUAGACGUACAAAACGAUAACGCGAACAAUGAUCCGCGUAACGAUAUAAACCAAUUUUAAGCCGAUCGUUUCUACCUGCUGUUCGUACCGUGGCUUCGGGUGGGGAGCGACGCGAUGGAAGGGAAAGCAUUGGCAAGUUGUUGAGUCGAGUGACGCUGGAAGUUAGCGCCUGCCCGUGAGACCGUGCGGAGGUUAGAUUGGUGCGGUUAAUAUUUCACAUUCGAUCAUUUUUCCUUCUUCAGUCGGCCGGUGAGACGCGAAAAUCGGUGUAUCAAGUUGAACGGAAGUGGCGUGCAGUGCGGAACUCGUCGAUGGCGUAAUUCAAAAAAGAAAAAAAAAAAUUCAAUUCGUUAAUACGACGGCGUGCCAGUGUCGUUGACGUUUCAUGUGUCAGUGUCCUCUCUCUCCCCCCUUGUUUCCCCUCUCUCGCGCCUGCCCUUUCUCGUCUCCCGUCCUUUUCUAUCUCGUCCCUUUCUAUAUACGUUACGAUCGUCGUGCCAAUAAGUCGCGUUCGUCGCUGCAAUGCCAGAUGACAGGUGCGAAGCGCUGCCAUUCGUGCCUGUCGACGAGUCCUUCGUGUGUCCUGCGAAUUUAGGAUACGCUGCAGAAUGACGAGCGCAAGGUUGUUCUACCGGAAGGGCGGCGAAGAGGACCGAAGACGACGACCACGACGACGAUCUCGAAUUCCCUCGCGCUAGCGGUGGGCUAUGAGCGCUGACAAUGGGGACGACUCCUUGGCAGAAUCGAAGUGACAGAAGAAGGGGAAGUUCCGCGGACAUUCACACGUGGAUGCUGUGGCCCGUGUUGGGGGAUGACGGGCUGAGCCCAACGUCGCCCCCGGCGUCGGCCAGCGUCAAGGGGGUGAACAAACUGGCGCCCCUGCUGCUCUGCGCCCCCUGCAAGCCCAGCAGCCACAGGAAGAACCAGAAUUCCACGCAGUGGUACGUGCAGCAGCCCACGUGGCGUUUAUGGGGCGAGGAAAGGGGCGACGGCGUCAUAUACACGGUGUACCUGAAGAAGGUCCGAUAUCACAGGCCGACCAGGAGCCUUUCUGCAUCGGACUCAGACGACGAGAUCUCGCAUUUAGAAUGGGAGACGGUGAGAGUACGUUUUCUGAAAGCGGGUACCGUGCAACGGCUGGUGGAGAGCCUGGCGAACGACGACGGGGAACUCGAGUCGACGUACAUCAAUGUUUUCUUGGCGACGUAUCGUGCAUUUACCACGCCGCGAGAAGUGCUGGAGCUAUUGUUGGCGAGGUACGACGCCCUCGACGAAGGAUCCGGUGCCCUGACAGGUGAACAGCAUCGAAAGACUUUGGUUCAAGCUCUUCAUGUCUGGCUGGACGCCUAUCCCGGCGACUGGAAGUCGCCGCCGAAUCAUCCUUUGCUCAGUAGACUUCUCGACUUCACGCAUCGACGGCUUCCUGGCUCGGAACUCGAGCUCAAGGCAAGGCAUCGAUUGCAUAGGUUUCAGCGUGAAGAUCAGAUAGAUUCUUGUAUGGUGUACGACAAUGGUCGACUACCGCGUGGUUCCCCGGAUCCGAUUGUUGAUCACUGGGCGAACUACAGUUUCCCCGAGGUUCCGCACCGGCAUUUCGCCGAGCAGUUGACACGAAUGGACGCCGAGGUGUUCAAGAAGCUUAUAGCUCAUCAAUGUCUUGGUGCUGUUUGGUCCAGAAGGGAUCGCUCGAGAAGCCACGACGCGGCCACAGUGUUGGCCACUGUGAAUCAGUUCAACGCCGUGUCGCUUCGAGUAAUAUCCACGAUACUGAUGGACCCGACGACGAAGCCUCAGGAACGUGCGAGGAUCCUCGAGACGUGGAUCGACAUUGCUCAAGAGCUGCGCGUGUUGAAGAAUUUCAGUAGCCUGAAGGCUAUUGUGUCCGGUCUGCAGAGUAAUCCGGUGUACAGGUUGGAGAAGUGUUGGCAGUGCAUGCCCAGGGAGAAGCACGAGCUCUUCAGGGAGCUGGAGAGAAUCUUCUCGGAGGAAAAUAACGCGUGGACGCAGCGAGAGCUUUUAAUUAAAGAGGGUACAGCUAAAUUUGCGGACACUGCCGGCAGGAGCGAUAGACACUUGCAGAAGUUAUUUCAAAAGCAAAAUACUCACGCGGGAAAUAUCAGCUAUGGAACGAUACCGUACUUGGGAACAUUUCUGACGGAUCUCACUAUGAUAGACACCGCGAUACCAGACACGAUAGCCGAGGGGCUGAUCAACUUCGACAAGAGGCGAAAGGAAUUCGAGGUUCUCGCUAGAAUAAGAUUGCUUCAAGGGGCAGCGAACGCGUAUAACUUCAGCACGGAUCCGUUGUUCGAUCGUUGGUUCCAUUCCGUGGUGGUGCUCGACGAUCGAGAAGCGUACAAGCUCAGCUGUCAAAUCGAGCCGCCACCGCCUGGGAACACACUGAGUAACCGCGGCAAGAAGAAGCAGAGUCAUCAAGGUCACCGUAAAAACGACUCGAUAGCCUCUACGUCGAGCUCGAGUAGCUCCCAGUUUUACUGCGACCUGGAUUCUCUGCCGAGCUCGCCGCACAAUUCUCUCGAUCGGCGUACCUCGCCGUCGCAAAUGUCCAGCUCUUCCUCCAGCUCGUCUUUGCCUUCGUUGGACGUGUCGUUGAGCUCCGGCGGAGGAAGCGGAGCGACGAAUCAGCACAAUCGGCUAAUACCGCCAACUGCCAUCACCGCCAAUGGAAACAGCCCGAAUCUCGUCGGCCUGUCCAGUCCGAGUCACUCGCACAAGAGCUCGCCGGAUUUUUACAUAAUCAAGGUCACCAUGGAGAGCGACAACGUUGAGACUGAAGGUGUGGUGCUGUACAAGUCUAUCAUGCUGUCGAACAACGAGAGAACGCCGCAAGUGAUACGAAACGCGAUGCUCAAGCUGGGGAUAGAGGGUAGCCCGGAUCAGUACACGCUGGCCCAGGUUCUACCCGAUCGCGAGAUGGUUCUGCCAAACUCGGCGAAUGUUUACUACGCCGUGAAUACCGCGCACAAUCUGAACUUCAUUUUACGACCUAGAAGAGAGCCUAACGACAGCGCCACGGAAAGCCCCAAAAGCAAAACGAGCCACAAGCGGUAGUGUCGAGCGUUGGGAGAAUAGAAUUAUCUCGCGAUUGAUGUUUCACCAUGCUUUACACAUCCGGUGAAAUAAUCACAGCGUUGUUCAGCUGAGAAACAUUUAGAGGAGAUUUAUUUAUUCUCCGUUGAUUGAGACUCCGAAGAAAGAAUCUCACUAGGUUCAUGCGAUGGUGCAUUCAUCGUCUUUUCUUUUACAUUUUAUCCAUGACAGUACUAAUGUUAGUUAUGUCAUCCGGUUUCUUCUUUUUUUCUUUCUCUCUCUCUUUUUCUUUUAAAUAAUAAUCGCGAGCGUUAACAGCGAUGCACCGAAUCGGACACCAUACGAUGUUCAGUGUUUGUAGUUAUCAGUUUUUUUGUUUCUUCUUUCGUCACUCGUCUGUCGCAUUCAUUUGUGUUAACACGCCGUCACCCGCCUACACGGUACUCGAAUAUGACAUUAGAGCAUUAUUUGCGUGGAUCGCGGACUAAAGUAGUUUUAGGUUAUACUUAGCGUGAGUCAUUUAGGUCUCUUAUCGACGCACACGCGAAACGAACAAAGAUGAAUAAUGAGAGAGAAGUAGUUUGCAAGAUGUGCGAAUAUGGUAGCAUUCGCGUGUAGUCACGUGUAAUUUAUACAAGAAAUCCUUGCGGAUCCCAAGAGAUUACGGCGAAGAAAAUUGUGACAAGCGUGUGUAACGAAUAUCCGCGAGAGAAACAUUGUGAUUUUGUACAUAACUUUAGUUUCGUAAUGUGGCUUCGAGCGUAGUCGAUCGCCCGCGAGAAUCAAGUGGACCCAAUGAAACAAUUGUCAAUUACUUUUUUCUGCAUCGCAAUCGAAAGUAAAAAAAAAAAAGAAAAAAAAGAGAAAAAAAACGAAAAGAAAAAAAAAGAAAUCUAAAAUUGUUCAAAAGAAGCAUUCGUCCAGUCUGCGACUCAUUUUUUUUUUUGUCCCGCAUCCAUUAUAACGAUGCGAGGAACAGAGAAAUUCAAUUCUGUGAUAUUGGAAUUUCUCAUUUCGGCUUUGAAUUCAAUCGCAAGAUUAAAAAAAAAAAAAAAAAAAAAAGAAGUAGAAAAACCGAAAUCGAGCAUACGCAUAGGUUUAAUGCGAAUGAAUAUCGAAUACUCGUUCCAAUAUCGAAGCUAGAAAGCACAUUAGAACAUGUGUGAACGUGCGUUGAUAUAUUUUUACAAGGAUCUGCAUGCGUUUCGUUAUAGAAAAGGAAAGGAGCACAGAAAAAAAAAAAAAAAAAAGAAAAGAAACAAUAACAGCAAGAUUUGUUCACGCCGGACUCGCGAAACGCUCCGCCCGACGUGUUUGGAUCGUUGAUGUAUCGUUUAGCUUAGGCAAUUUUGUACUUACCUCUUAUCGACCCUAAUUUUUCCCAGGAGAACGUCUCUAACUAGCUAUAUCUGUACGUGUACGCGUCAAUUCUUUACUGAAAUCCGCGCAAGUUAUGUAUAAUACGAGUCGAUAAAAGUGAGAAUAGAUGGGCCUACAAUUUUA